UUCAAGGAGACAGUGGACGGACAAUCUCACUGUAUGACGAAUGUACGAAGGCAUAAGCAUUCCCGCAGCGUCGGCUGCCAAGAUGACCAGGAUUUAUCGAUUUUAGCAUCAACAACAUCAAUAAUGGGAAGCGAAUCGAAUAUUUAUAAUAUGAAAUUAAACCAAGAUCCAAAUACAAGUAAAAAUUAUCUAAAAACCCAUUCAGAUUCGGAAAUUUCUAGAAUGUCUGAAAACGAUUCUGUUAUUUUCACUUUAGGUGAUAGUACAAUCGAUAUAGAAACAGAGAAAUUAGUUAAAAUAUCGAUAAACAAUGACGAUGAAUGGAAUAUCGAUGAGAAUGUUAAAAGGGUGUGUACAGAGAUAGAAGAUUUCUGUACAAAUAACUCAGAACUAGAAAGUGUUGAAAAACUUAAUAUGGAUAAAGCUAAAGUUAUCGAAGAUACUGUUUUCGACGUUUGUGAGAGUAAUAAAGAUGGUAAUUGUGAUAUUGCUUGCUCUAAUGUGACCGAAGUUAUUGUUAUACCGAGUGCUGAAGCGAUAUUAGAAACGGAUACAGGUAACAAAUAUAACGAUUGUGAUGUACAAUAAAUCGAUAUUAAAUCGUUUAGAUCCAAUAAAUAAAUCUUAAAAG